GGCAUCCGGAAGAGUGUCCCGGGGAGGGGCGGGGCUGGAGGAGGGUCCUCCGGGCCGUCCCGGCCCGUAGAGGAUCUCGGGCCAUGGCGGCGUCUGUGGACCCGCGGCGGUUGUACCGGCUGGUGCACGAAGGCCAGCUGUGCGCCCUGCGGGAGGAGCUGCGGGCAGCAGGCCGCGCCGACUGCGCGGGGCCGGCUGGGGACACCCUCCUGCACUGCGCCGCGCGCCACGGCCACCUGGACGUCCUGACCUAUCUGGUCGAGGCUUGGGACAUGGACAUCGAAGCCACCAACCGAGACUACAAGCGGCCGCUGCACGAGGCGGCCUCCAUGGGCCACCGGGACUGCGUGCGAUACCUGCUGGGCCGGGGAGCAGCGGUCGACUGCCUGAAGAAGGCCGACUGGACUCCUCUGAUGAUGGCUUGCACCAGGAGGAACCUCGAGGUGGUCCAGGACCUCGUGGAGCACGGCGCCAAUCCGCUCCUGAAGAACAAAGACGGCUGGAACAGUUUCCACAUCGCCAGCCGGGAGGGCGACCCUCGGAUCCUCCAGUACCUGCUCACCGUUUGCCCGGCUGCCUGGAAGACAGAGAGCAAGGUCGGGAGAACCCCGCUGCACACGGCAGCAAUGCACGGCUGUUUAGAGGCAGUAAAGUUGCUUCUUCAGAGGUGCCAGUAUGAAGCGGACUGCAGAGACAAGUGUGGCCUCACACCCUUCAUGGACGCGAUUCAGUGUGGCCACCUCGGCGUGGCCAGGCUGCUCCUCGAAAAACACAAGGCUCAGGUUUCCUCGGAGGACUCUCUGGGGGCCCAGGCUCUGCACCGGGCAGCGGUCACUGGGCAGGAUGAAGCCAUCCGAUUCUUGGUCUCUGAGCUUGGCGUUGACGUGGAUGUGAAGGCGACCUCCGCCUGCUCGUCGGCCCUUCACUACGCAGCCAAGGAGGGACACGUGAGCACCGUGCAGACGCUCUUAUCCUUGGGUGCUGACCUCAACGCCAAGGAUGGACGCGAUCGAUCAGUGGCCAGGGUGAAGCCAGCGUGGAGCAGGUCUCUGGUUGAACCCCUGAUCCAGCUCCCGGUCCAGAUGCCCCGGGCUGCGGCACUGCUGCUCCACUGACGAUUUGGUUGCCAGAGCCAGUAAGUCCCCUGCCCUGGCCAGGAUGAAGAUGGGUUUGCGGGCAGGUGGACCAUUAAGGAGAGUCUUGGUGUCAGCGCUUGUGGAAAGAGGGCAGGAUCGGGUGCGGGGAGGGGCCUCAGGACAGCCGGGCCAGGCCUCGGAGCUGGACAGCUAGAGUCGCCGUCCUUCUGAAUCUAGGGUGAGAAUAUGGAUCUCUGUGGCUCUGGAGGGCCUGUCCCUGGAUGUGGGCCUGGGAAAGGCCUGGCUUCCCACGAGGAAGCUCUCCUGGGCCGACACAGCUCCUUGAGGGGCUGCCUCGGUGCUCCAGGCAUUUGGGAGGGGAGCACCCCUGGUGUCUGGGGAGGGAGCACCCCUGGCGUUUGGGAUGUGAAGGAGGAUAUUGGUGAUGCCUUGAAACACCCCUCAGCCCCCCUUUUCCUCAGCUAUUUGGAGUCAUGUCUGGCCACCAGAGAGUCCUGACCUUUUGGAGGGAAGAGUGUUUCUUCUGGCUGGAAACAGUCAUGGAGUUUCAUGCCAGCGUGAAAAGCGAGGAGGCAACAGGAAAGGCGUUAGGAAAGGAGAACCAGACUGUGGAGGAGGCAGAUACUGGCGUGGUGGCCUGAGCUGACGUCUGUUGUGAGUGGUACAAGGUCAGCUGUUCCUCUAAGGGGUCAGAAACUGUAAAAAUAUAGUUUUUUUUUCCCCUUACUGUGUGCAUCCUUUGCUCUCCCACAUCUCAGCACUGAAAAUCGGAAGCAGACCUGUAGCCAGGCAGCCGGGGGGGCCCUCCCAAGACAGACCCCUCUCCCUCACCCUCCGCGGUAGCUCUUCUCCGACGCACACAGAGAGCAGUAUCUUGUUCACAUUCCCCGAGCUUUUCAGAGGCCACGACCACCACCAAAUGGAAGAAAUUAACUGCUAGAUGAUGCUGAGCACGCAGCCCGGGAUCUCACAUCAGCCAAUCGGAGAACUGCGCAUGAGCUGAUCACGCGCCCUGGAGGCCCCGCCCUCACCCAGCGUUUAAACGUGCUUGGCUGAAACCCUUUGGGAAAUUCCGGGAUUUUUCUUUUUUUUUUUUUUUUUUUAGCACAAGCCCCUCCCACCCUAUUCUCCUUGCUCAGCCCUGCAGUCAAUUUUUCUCUGCUCCAGAUGAGGGUGUUUCUUUUCUUGGUCUCGGGGUGCGCUGGCACGCGGACCUGCGCUUGGGAACAACCCCUCGUCCCGCCCAGGUGCUUCUCCCGGUCCCCGGCCUGCCCCCCUCUCUGCCAGGCCCCCGUCGCCCACACCUUCUCUGCCCCAGUGUUUUCUUGCUCAUCACUGCAAGCGUCAUCUUUCCUUUGAACCCUCCUUGGCAGGCUUCUCGAUUUUGUCAGCUUGGGAUUAUGACCCUACGUGUACAGACACAGGUCUGUGUGUAUCUGUGUACAGAAUGUUUCUGGAAGGACACACAAGACACUUAACAGUGGGGAGUGGAGCGCUGGGGUGGAAGGGACACGUGCUACUUUCCACUGUGUACUCAUUUUAUGUGACUCUUCUUAAACCAUGGGUGUUAUCUUUAAAUCGGAAAUUCAUAAAUAGCUACUACCCCCGGCUUUUAAAGGGCGAACCACAAGCCAGGUUCCCUGAGGUGGAGACGUGGAGACGUUGGGCUCCAAGUCCAGAGACACACCCGAGGGUUUCUCCAGCUAAGCCGCAGAGUUAGGCAAAGCCAGUUUCACAUGUCACAUGAAGGGAGGGACAGUCCUUGUGCAACACAGGAUCCCCAGGUACUUCCCGCAGGACAAGUGCCAGUGACCUCAGUAUGCAAACAGCUGUCCCACCAGCAUGCUCAUCCUCAGAGCACUUUCCCGGGGACCCCGGAUGAGCAGCAGGAAGGGUGACCAGGCAGCAAGCCCGGUCCCAGGGCCUUUUACGCUGCACUUUGCUGUGCGCAGACCCCCCAAAAGAGACAGAGACACGGGGAGACGGGGAGAUAGAGAUGGGGGAAGAGGAAGGGCCCAGGGUGUCCCAGGAGGCGGAAACAAUACAUUGCAUCACACUUCCCAACACACGCACAGAGCUGACCUUCUCAUGUUGGUGGCUUGGAAAAUAUUGAAGGUGCCAUAGGAGGAAGGGCCCAAGAAAGGGGGAGAAAGAAGCGAAAACAAAAACAGAGAAGAGGGAGAAAAGAAAGUGUGCGCAAGAGACUCGUGUGCUUUCACAACCGGGGACCUGGCUCACCAACCAGCUUCUGACACCGCCUCGCCCCCACCCCUGCUCCUGCUUAAAAGAAAUUGGCACUUAAAAUGGUGAAAGAAGAGUUCCCUUCGAGGCUCAGGGGUUAACGAACCCGACUGGUGUCCAUGAGGACAUGGGUUCAAUCCCUUGGCCUCCAUCAGGGGGUUAAGGAUCUGGCAUUGCCCUGAGCUGUGGUGUAGGCUGGCAGCUACAGCUGCUAUUCGACCCCUAGCCUGGGAACCCCCAUAUGCCACGCAUGCGGCCCUAAAAAGACCAAAAAUAAAUAAAUAAAUAAAUAAUAAAAUAAAUUUUAAAAAGGUGAACGAAAUGCCGUCAGGAGAAGCCCUUGCUUUUCUGUUUCUUUUUCACCGCCCCGCGGCAUAUGGGGUUCCCGGCCAGGGAUCAAAUCCGAACCCCCAAUUUGUGACCUACACGGAAGCCCCGGCAACGCCGGAUUCUUUAACUCAUUGUGCCCGGCCGGGGAUGGUACCCUGGAGCUGCAGAGACACUGCCGAACCCACUGGGCCCCAGCGGAAACUCGGGAAGUUGUUUUUAUUUCCACGGAAGAAGAGAGGUCCCGCUGUUUGCAAUGCUCACCUGCGUUGUCAGUAAACCCCUGCGGCCGUAAAAGUCGGAGGAGCCAGAGAGGCUGCCCCAGACCCGCUGCCGGCAGCGGGUGCGGGUGCGGAGCGGGGGAGGGGCCCGGGCGGGCGGCGCCCACCCCCCACGUGGUCUCCAGGGCCCGAUUUAGUCUCGCUGCCGAGCAGUUUUCUCAUCUGCCAAAUGCCACUGGAAUUCUUUUCAUAUUCUCAAGUGAAAAUACUCUUAUUUUCUUAAAAAGAGAAUCUAUCCCAAAGCAUUUAAAAAACUAUUAUUUCUUUUUAGCGUACUGUAUUUUUAGAGCGGUUUCGGGUUCGUAGCAAAAUCGAGUGGAGCGGACAGAAAUUUCCCACGUGCCCGCUGCCUGCCCCGCCUCUGUGCUGGCGCGGGAAUCCCGCUGGUUGGCCUGUGGGGACAUAGCGUGGUUUUUCCCUCGGUGCCUGGCGUGCCAGAGCCAGGGCCGCUCUGACCCAACCUGCCCGCAGUCAGCCGCCGGCCUUUGUGGGGUGUUUUGGGACCGCGGCAGGGACCCAGGAAUCCACGGCUCUCUGGACGUGCCCCCGGAUCAGCUCUGUCUCAGCCCUGCUCAUGGCCUGGCCUUCGAGGCUUCUCCUGACCUGCGUUCCUUCUGGGGUCUUCUAGCCUGCAUGAGUUUGCUUCUUAAUGCCUUAGCUGUGCCCAUGCUCUCAAGUGUCGGCUUCCUCUGGGCUGCGAAGUCAGAUUUGACCAUCUGCUUUGCAUCUUUCAAAAAUUCCAUCAGCUUCUCUCAACGGUUGAUCUCUUUUUCUGUGCUCUUUGAACUCAGGGGUUUAUAGCCUUUUUUAGUCCUUUAAGGCCAUUUUAGCAGACUUUAAGGAGGGGCUCAAAUUAAAGGCAUGUGUUCAAUCUGCAAAAUAUCAUCUGAAGUUCCUGGUUUUAUUCUGUCAUUGUGCCCCCUGCCCCCUCCACUGUCACAAGACCAAACCUGUCUCUGUAUUGAUCUGUUCCUUUAGCUCCAAGCCUUGGGCUCUGUGGCCUGUGCCUGUCAGGCUGGCUUUGUACCUUCUGUAAAAGAAUGUUGCCUGUAGCUAGAAAUUUAUGACAGCCCAUUCUCAAGGCUCUGACCUUUAAAGGUGUAACACUUUUCCUUUCUUACAGAGAUUUUUAAAAAGUUGCAAGACAGAGACUAACAUUCCUCUUGUUGGAGCUUUAUAGGAACUCUGGGACCAGACCCACCAGCUACAAAGGAUUCUGGCUGGUCUUGAGUGGCAGCAACCAGCCACACCCCCCUCCCCUUUUAGUAUAAAAGAAGCCCAAAUUCUAACUCAGCUAAGACUGUUUUUUGAGACACUAGUCCACCAUCUUCUCGGUUUGCUGGCUCCAAAAAAGUGGCUCUUCCUUGCCCCAACAACCCUUCUCUCCAUUUUUUGGCCUGUCGUGGGGCGAGAAGUAUGAGCCUAGGCUGGGGACAGCCCCUGUAAGCACCACUCUCUAAUGGAAGACUUUGCAAUUCGACUUCCACUCGGGGAUUUAAACAGCAGUGUAUAGUUUGACAGCAAUGACAUUGUAUCAGGACUCAUUCUGUUUCCAGUCUCCCCCACUUGGCUACAUUGCCCUUUAACCCUGAUGGCAGCAGAGAUUACCUCCAACUCUGCCGCCGGGUAAUUAGAAUCUGAUGAACUUUUUUUUUUUUUUUUUUG